CCCUGCAUACAAUUUCCCCACUCAGAUGUGGCCCUUGGCCCAAAAAGUUUGCCCACCCCCCUGGUCUAGGACGAAGGUUGGAUAUGAGGCUCAUACUCAAGCUGUUCAAGCUUCUGAAGUUUUCAGUCCCUUCCCUGCAACCACUUUAUUUUUGUUCAAGUUUAAAAUGUACCUUCUCCCCUGAGGUUUGUGUUACAAAGUGAACAGUGCUGUCUGUACAGUGCAUUGAUGUGGUGACAGGAGCUGGCUGGAACGUUCAGAGUGAUGCUCUAAAUCUGGUGGAGCAGUGACUUGAGUCUGGGGUUCCCACAUACCAGGCCAAUGCCCCAGCCACCAGGCUAUAGAGUAGAAGAGAGUGUCAUCAGAAGUGACAGGGACCCCAAAAAAUCUGCCCAAAUCAAAAGUGCUGGUUUUGCUCCCAAAACCAGCCAUUUUGGCACAAUUCCAUUUUUGCAAAAAUGUUUAAAAGGCUUUGGUUUUGUUCCAUCGUGGAAUGAAAACAAACUUCUGAACCUCAAGUUGCAGUGAAACGGAAUUGUCUUCUUCCAGCCAGCAAUAAUGAUGACACAAGGUAGUUGGGAAAUCUAUGAAUAUCUUCCACCUCCCGAGGGAAUACCAGAAUUUAAAUAACUUCUGAUGUAGCAGUUGCCAUGUUAGCAUAACUUUUCUCCUGAACAUUACUAGGACAAAUGUUACAUUUUUUCACACCCUUGGUAAUCCCACUGAUGUAUGAGAUACAAGACAAGGCAGAACUUGGCUUUCACAAAGUUAGCAGCACCUUUCCUAGCUACUGGUCCUUACUGCAUCUUCUGACAAAAGCUUUUCACUUCUAAGAAAUUUCCUAUACUUCAUUUUAUUGCCUCUAUUUUCUUGAAUCGUCUGAGGUGGAAGACUACCAUAUGGAGAAUAUUCUUAGCAAUUUGCACAACUGUGAUAGGGUUGUGUGUUCACACACCCAACUUUUCUGUGGCUGGUUUACGAUGGCGCUCAUCAACACACGUGUUCCAUGGGAAACAGUACGAGCAGGCUAUAUAGCGCUCUUGCUAAGACGUUGAACAGCAGUGCGGCCUCCCAGCAUCGGGAAUACUUGGAACAGUCAGACUCAGAGCAGCUGGAUCCCAUAGAUCCUAAAGCUCUGCUUCAAGAAUGCCAGGCAGUUCUUCAAAAACGCCCUCCCCGACUCCAGAGAGACUUUGUAGACCUGAGGGCAGAUUCUACCAGCACCCAUCGUCCCAUUAGGGUCAUGCAGUGGAACAUUCUUGCGCAAGCUCUUGGAGAAGGCAAGGACAACUUCGUUCAGUGCCCCAUGGAAGCUCUCAAGUGGGAAGAAAGGAAAUGCCUCAUUCUGGAGGAAAUCCUUGCAUACCAACCAGACAUUUUGUGCUUGCAAGAAGUGGACCAUUUUUUUGAUACCUUUCAGCCACUCCUUAGUCGGCUAGGCUACCAGUGUACUUUCUUCCCUAAGCCAUGGUCCCCCUGUUUAGAUGUGGAACAUAACAAUGGGCCAGAUGGCUGUGCCUUGUUUUUUCUCAAGGACCGCUUUACAUUGAUCAACAGUGUUAAUAUCCGUCUAACUGCAAUGAAGCUAAAAACCAACCAAGUGGCCAUAGCCCAGACGCUGAGAUGCAGUGAAACUGGGAAGCUGUUCUGCAUUGCAGUCACUCAUCUGAAAGCCCGUACUGGCUGGGAGAGAUUUCGAUCAGCACAAGGCUGCGAUCUUCUACAGAACCUAAAAAAUAUUACCCAAGGAGCAGAGAUCCCUCUAAUAAUCUGUGGAGACUUCAAUGCAGAGCCCACCGAAGAAGUUUACAAGGAAUUCUCUAACUCCAGUCUCAACCUGAAUAGUGCUUACAAGCUGCUGAGUGCAGAUGGGCAAUCAGAGCCUCCUUACACUUCAUGGAAGAUCCGGCCCUCUGGAGAGUGCAGGCACACACUGGAUUAUAUCUGGUAUUCCCAGCAUGCCUUAAAUGUAAACUCUGCUCUUGGCUUGCUGACUGAAGAACAAAUUGGACCCAACAGACUGCCAUCCUUCAAUUACCCUUCAGACCACCUGUCUUUGGUGUGUGACUUCAGCUUUAAUCAAGACCCUGACAGGCUUUUAUAACUUGUUUAAACUCCAUAUGGUAUUGCAGUGUCUUAACUCACCAUUUUUAAAGAAACUUUUGAUGAGGCUGGAUUUACUUAAGGAUGGGGUAUAUGGAUGGCUUAAUAUAUUUUCAGGCAUGUACUUGAAAGUAACUUUGCCAUUCAAACCUUAUAAUUUGAAGCCUCCAAAGGAGGAAAAAGGAGUUGACUGCCAAUUUUUGAGUUGCGAUGGUUUUGUUCAACAUGUGCUUUGCCACAUCUUAGUUUGAAAAUUGGAGGGGAAACUGCAUUCUUUCUCCCUUCAUUAACUCCUUUGUCUAAGAACUGAAUCAAUCCUGAAAUGAAUGUUCAGGCCUUUAGUUCUCAAGCUAAGAAUUCAGUGUAUAUGUACACAAACAAAAUUAGCAUGCUGUCAGGGCAAGUUUUAAUGUUUCCCCUUGGUGAACAUGCAAGGGUAAGAGGCUUGACUAUAUACGUGUUUUUAUUUAUUUUUAUAUUGAUGUGUAAGCAAUGCAAUUGACCAAGUUGUGUUAAGUCUAAAUGUAGGAAACACAUGCAUUUCAGACACACAAGCAGAUCUAGGAAGGCCCUAGUAAUUCUGAAAUGAUUUGAGAUGGGAGAAUUAAUCUGUGUUUUAAGAACUGAUAGCAGCUUCCAUAGAGCAUGUAAUGUGAUGCAAAGCCUACUCCAGUAGGAGUGCCUAAGAGAGGAGACUUGACCAUAGUGUAUGAUGUAGUAGUACCUUCAGUUUUGCAGAAAAUGUGCCUGCAUCAAU